AUGUCGCUCAGCCAAAACGUUAUUCUACUUAAUCCCACAAACCAGCUGACGGGGCUGUACACCACAAUCCGCGACAAGAGCACUUCGCGAGCGGAUUUUAUUUUCUACUCCGACCGGAUUAUUCGUCUUUUGGUCGAGAAGGGCCUUGAUCUUCUUCCUGUUGAGCCCCAUUCUGUAACCACCCCCACCGGCCAAGCGUUCACAGGUGUUCGCUUCCAGGGUCACAUCUGCGGUGUGUCUAUUAUGCGUGCUGGUGAAAGCAUGGAGCAGGGCUUGCGUGACUGUUGCCGGUCUGUUCGCAUUGGCAAGAUUUUGAUCCAGCGCGAUGAGGAAACGGCCAUGCCCAAGCUUUUCUACGACAAGCUGCCUGAAGAUAUCGCCGAUCGCUACGUCUUCUUGCUUGACCCAAUGCUUGCUACCGGCGGUUCUGCCUUGAUGGCUGUCGAGGUGCUUAAAUCUCGUGGUGUGCCGGAAGAGCGUAUCAUCUUUUUGAACAUCGUCUCCACUCCUGAGGGCAUCCAAAAAUUCACAGACAAGUUCCCUCGAGUCCGCAUUGUGAGCGGUUGCAUCGAUGAGGGCCUGGACGAGAGCAAUUUUGUUCGUCCUGGUUUGGGCGACUUCGGUGACCGCUACUACUGUAUUUAA